CUUCUAAUACUCGCCCAUGUCGUCUUCUACCAAGGGCUGCCACUCUAAACCCUAGACUAGAGAACAGGAGUAGCAGGGGACGACGCCGACAGCUGCCCCGCCGGAGUAGGAGGACAGCAGCAGAGACCAUGGUGCACGUCUCCUUUUACCGCAACUACGGUAAGACGUUCAAGAAGCCUCGCCGUCCAUAUGAGAAGGAGCGGCUUGAUGCUGAGCUGAAGCUCGUGGGAGAGUAUGGGCUGAGGUGCAAGAGAGAGCUCUGGAGGGUCCAAUAUGUCCUCAGCCGGAUCCGUAACAAUGCGAGGAAUCUUCUCACCCUUGACGAGAAGAACGAGCGUCGGAUCUUCGAGGGUGAUGCUCUUCUUCGGAGGAUGAACAGAUACGGGCUUCUUGACGAGAGCCAGAACAAGCUCGAUUAUGUCCUGGCCUUGACCGUGGAGAAUUUUCUCGAACGCCGCCUUCAGACUCUGGUGUUCAAGUCGGGUAUGGCCAAGUCCAUCCACCAUGCUCGGGUGCUGAUUAGGCAGAGGCACAUCAGAGUUGGGAGGCAGGUUGUGAACAUCCCGUCUUUCAUGGUGAGGGUUGAUUCCCAGAAGCACAUUGACUUCUCACUUUCUAGUCCAUUUGGUGGUGGGCGUCCUGGAAGGGUGAAGCGAAAGAACAUGAAGGCUGCCGCAAAGAAGGCUGGUGGUGGUGAUGGAGAUGAGGAGGACGAGGAUUGAAGCAUCAGCAUUAGAAACUAGCUUUGGUGUCUCAUCGAAGUGCUUGGUUAUUACCUAAAGACUCUAUUUGGCCACCUUAUACGACUGCCUAUCAUGUAGUUACUCAGCGUUUUGGUUUUGGUUCGUGAUAAGGUACUUGUUUGGUUCGAGAUGUUCAUCUUUAUCAUUGAGAUAGAAACCUUUUACUUAGCUGUCGCGAUCAAUUUAAUCAUGAGGUCGGUGUGAUUUUGAAA